UCUGUCUAAAUGCGGGGAACCUUACUUCAAGUGUUACCAACCCUUGCCCGGCAGCGGGCCUUGGGGGGGGUCCAUCACAUAGCAGGAGGCGUGAGCUUAAAGGCGGCUUCAGUCGUCUCCAGCUCAAGCUCACUUCAGGUGCAAAGACUUCACACUGAGGAGAGAGUGUUGAGAAUUUCACCAAGCCAGUCUGUUAGAGAUAAGAGAUCUCUCCUGAGUGCUGCAAGUCAAAAUGUGGACCAGGUCUGCAACUAUAAAAAUUUCGGUCACCAACAACAGUUUACCCCCAAAGUUACAAGGAUUUAUUAUUUCAUAGUUGGUGUGAUGCUGUUUGCGACAGCCAUUAAUUGGAAAUGGGUCAAGAAAGUUUUCACCGUGGACGCAGAGAGUGUUGCCGAAGCAGACAUGCCCACUCAUGAAGCAGAAAGCACUCCCGCUUCCGAAGAGGCUUCCGAGGGUUCUCUCGAGUCGUCAUCCGAGGAGUCAGAGGACGAGGGUGAAGGCAAGAAGAAGAAGCGCGUGGGGUUCAGAGACAGAAAGAUCAUAGAGUACGAGAACAGAAUUCGGGCGUAUUCGACCCCGGAUAAAAUUUUCCGCUACUUUGCUACUUGCAAGUUGAUUCAAAGGAGUCGCAGCAGUGAAAGGACAGAGAUAUACAUGACUCCCGAUGAUUUCCUGCGAGCGCUGACUCCGGGCAUGCAGCAGCCAGACGGACUUGGUCUCGACCAGUACAAGAAAUAUGACCCCAAGAACACCACCAACAAACUAGAGCUUGCCUUGGACGAGGACUCGAUUUUCUACAAGCUUGGAAGCUCCGGCCUCAUCUCCUUCUCGGAUUUCAUCUUCCUGCUGACCGUCCUGUCCACUUCACGAAGACACUUUGAAAUCGCCUUCCGAAUGUUUGACUUGAAUGGCGAUGGAGAUGUGGACUAUGAAGAGUUUGACAAGGUAGCAACCUUGAUCCGCAACCAGACGAGCAUUGGCGCUCGGCACAGAGAUCACGCGAACACUGGAAACACUUUUAAGGGUGUCAAUUCUGCACUCAGCACCUACUUCUUCGGCAUGGACCUGAAGGAGAAACUUACCAUUGAAAAAUUUCUGGAAUUCCAACAGCAACUCCAGCAGGAAAUUCUUAGUCUUGAGUUCCGCCGCAAAGGACCCAAUGAGGACGGGCUUAUCCAGGAAGCAGAUUUUGCAGAGCUGCUGUUGGCGUACGGAGGUUACCCGCCUAACAAGAAGGCCAGGAUGUUGAAGAGGGUGAAGAAAGCCUUUAAGGGUGAAACCUCAAAGGGGAUUAGCAGAGAUGACUACUUGAAGUUCUUCCACUUUCUGAACAACAUCAAUGAUGUAGACACGGCCCUGACCUUCUACCACAUUGCAGGAGCCUCCAUUGACCCAACAACCCUCAUACAUGUGGCCAAAACUGUCGCGCACGUAGAGUUAUCCGAUCACGUAGUAAAUGUUGUCUUCACCCUCUUCGAUGACAAUAACGACGGCCAGCUGAGCAACCGGGAGUUCGUGGCCGUCAUGAAGAACCGGCUGCAGCGCGGCCUCGAGAAGCCCAAGGACACGGGCUUCGUGAAGCUGAUCGUGUCCAUGUUCAAGUGCGCGCGCGAGACGAAGCCGGUCCUGCUGGACAUAUGAGGAAGGGUUCGGGUGAAGGACGCCGAGAUCAAGGAGGCCGAGUGGAAGAGGCACUGCGAGGGGUGCAACUGCAGGGGCCCGCCGGCGAAGAACGCGCACGCGCACGACAACGGGAAGGACAGGGACAGGCAGUGAACAGGGAAAGCCUCGAGUGGAAGACCAGCACGCAGACCCCGGAUGGAAGGCGGAAGUGCAGACCCCGGAUGGAAGAAGUGACAAGAAUAUGGGAGAGGGAGGGGGGGAGGGAGGGAGAAAGUUUGUAUUUAUUAAAGUGUCGAUGAAGAGAACUAUAAAAGACUUGAGUUUGUGAAUGAGAAACAAAAAGAGUAUGGUAUGAUCAAGAGUGUUCUGUGAAUGUUAUUUUUUAAUAUAAUGAUAUAUAUAUCAAGAAAAUGUUUCAUUUUAGUAUAUCAUGGUCAGGGCACGAGCAUACUCAACAAUUGCAAUGAAGAAAAUGAUAUCUAUGUUUAUACUGGUAGUCCAGCACAUAAUAUACAAGUACGAUGCGUUUGUUGCGUAUUAAAGCUAUCAGCAUAUAUAUUAUCCUCAAGAAAUAUGAUAUCCGUAAAUGUGAUAUGACCAUAGUCAGGUGUAGGGAAGAGGACACAGAUCCUAAUUGCAUGUGUCAGUAGUCUUGGCCCUCUCGCCACUUUAAGAGGUAUGUAUUUUUUUCAUAUUCCGAAAUCAUGCCACAAUUUCUUUAUUUUGUGGGACUUUGUGAGUCCCAAAGUACGUUUUUUUUCACGUGUUAAAAUGCAUGAUUGAAUUCAUAGUAUAUUAUCUUUUUUAUAGUAACUCAUUAGGGGAAAUCAAAUAGAAACAUACAAACAUAAUAGGCAAAAUAAAAUCUGUGCAUCAGUAUUAAUAAGUACCAAGAUCAGCAGCUGACCCAGCUCUAUAGUCAAGGGUCAAGUGAGGUCAGGAUGUGACCCGUACCUGACCCAGGUAGAUUUUCUUCACCUCACUUACAUUCAAACUUUCCUGUAGGGAUGGUAGAAGUAACUUAACGAUUUUUAUCAAAUUUAGUAAGCAUCUUGAGAGAAGAUUGGUUUUUAAAUUAUUAUAUAGAUGUAGUUAUUUGAUAUUGACUUACUUAUAACAGUCGCAUGUCUAUGAAAAGUGACAGCCCUUGCCAUGCCCUUAGAUAAGCAGUGCUGAGUGAAAAAAUUCCGGCUGCGCUGCUUAGAGUGGAAGGAGGGAGAGGGGGUGAGAGAGUGAUAAGGGGGAGGGGAAG